AGGAGGAUGAGAAUAGGCUCGAACGUCUGGCAUCGUAUGUCAACGAUGCCGAACAAGGGUUAGCAAGCAUGAUGGAUCAGUCGCUGCUUGCAUGAGGAGAUCAUCAACAGCGCCAUGAAGACCUGCAGAAAGGAUAAGCCCGUCAGUCCGCCGGGCAAACUCGCGUAUGAGGAGGAUAUCUUUGUCUGCACCAUAUCGAUGAACCUGAGGACAAGCUCUCUCCGUGCGAGUGAUGACGACGAUGCUUGCUUGUUCAGCAAGCAGUCAGUGCGAAGAAGCCCGAUCAAGAGCCCAUCACGAGCAGCAAAGAAGCAGUCAACCACCAGAGGACGAAAGCAGGAGGCUAGCAGGCAGCAUGUGAAAAUAGAACGCAGCAGAAAGAAAGUCGAGGAGAGGAAAAGAAAGAGACCCUCAGAGGCAGGCGACACUCGGGCGAGCAAAGCGGCUAAGAGAUCUCCGAGAAAGAGCGAUGAGAGUAAGGAGGAAACGUGGUUUGCGAUUGUGGUGGACGACGAGUGGAGAGAUCAGAAAGGAUUUAUGCUGUGGGAGGUCACGGCUGAUGUGGCGGAGGAUGGAACGGUAAAGGCCCGAGAGUGGUACUGUGCUGCUGAGUUGGAGCCCGAGGGAGGCUUCGAGUUCGGACACCAACGAUUCUUGCCGAAGCAGAGCAACUUCGCGCAAAAGAGGAGGCUCUUGGGCCGCUCGACACAGACGUUCUUGAGGGUGGACGUGAGGAGGAAGAUGGUAGGGCAUCCCAACAAGAAACACGGGAAGAAGAUGUUCUGCGAGAUCGACAAGGAGCAGCUGCGCGUGCAGGAAGCCUACUGCCUGCUGGACAAGAAGCUCGGGGUAGAGGAGGAAAGAGAGGAGGAGCAGGAGCAGGAGCACGUGGAUGAAGACUGGGGAUGGCCGGACACUGAUGGCAAGACCUUGAUGACGUUGAAAAGGAGCGAGUGGCCGGGCCCAGCUCCAGGGAUCAUCUCGACUUCGUUGGUCAACCCGGCUUACAUCCGAUCCGAGGUCGCGCGGUGGGCCGGCGAGCGUGAGAAACGAGAGGUUCUAUCCGUCAGGAAUCCGCAGGGCUUGAUAGGCUUCCCUCGGUCUUCAUGGCCUGCCGAGGGGAGAGGAGGAGGAGGCAGAAAUCUUUGAAUUUAAGGGAUUAGGAAUAACAUGAUGAUAGCAUG